GGGCCGCGGGACAGAGCCGGUGCGGGCGACGAGGCGGGCAGAGAAGGCGCUGCGGAAGCGGGCGCCCAGCGUGCUGCAGCCGGCGGCGUCGGGGCCGCGGCCUCGGCCCUUCUCGCGUCCCUCGCUCCAGGUCUCUGCGCCCAGGGCGCACGGCGGGGCGGGACGCAGCUCCGGUCAGCCGGCCGCCAUGGAGCCGGUCCCCUCCGCGGAUGCCGAGCCGCAGCCCCUGCUCCUGGCCAACGAGUCGGACGCUUUCCCCAGCGCCUUCCCCAGCGCCGGCGCCAAUGCGUCGGGGCCGCCGGGCGCACGGAGAGCCUCGUCCCUCGCCCUGGCUGUCGCCAUCACCGCACUCUACUCGGCCGUGUGUGCUGUGGGGCUGCUGGGCAACGUGCUGGUCAUGUUCGGCAUCGUCCGGUACACUAAGAUGAAGACAGCUACCAACAUCUACAUCUUCAACCUGGCCCUGGCAGAUGCAUUGGCCACCAGCACGCUGCCCUUCCAGAGUGCCAAGUACCUGAUGGGGACAUGGCCCUUUGGGGAACUUCUCUGCAAGGCUGUACUCUCCAUUGACUACUACAAUAUGUUCACCAGCAUCUUCACGCUCACCAUGAUGAGUGUUGACCGCUACAUUGCCGUCUGCCACCCAGUCAAGGCCCUGGACUUCCGCACACCUGCCAAAGCCAAGCUGAUCAACAUCUGCAUCUGGGUCCUGGCCUCAGGUGUGGGUGUCCCCAUCAUGGUCAUGGCUGUGACCCGCCCCCGGGACGGGGCGGUGGUGUGCAUGCUCCAGUUCCCCAGCCCCAGCUGGUACUGGGACACGGUGACCAAGAUCUGCGUGUUCCUCUUCGCCUUCGUGGUGCCCAUCCUCAUCAUCACGGUGUGCUACAGCCUGAUGCUGCUGCGCCUGCGCAGCGUCCGCCUGCUGUCAGGCUCCAAGGAGAAGGACCGCAGCCUGCGGCGCAUCACGCGCAUGGUGCUGGUGGUGGUGGGCGCCUUCGUGGUGUGCUGGGCCCCCAUCCACAUCUUCGUCAUCGUCUGGACGCUGGUGGACAUCGACCGCCGCGACCCGCUGGUGGUGGCCGCUCUGCACCUGUGCAUCGCGCUGGGCUACGCCAACAGCAGCCUCAACCCCGUGCUCUACGCCUUCCUCGACGAGAACUUCAAGCGCUGCUUCCGCCAGCUCUGCCGCACGCCCUGCGGCCGCCCGGAGCCCGGCAGCUUCAGCCGCGCGCGGGAAGCCACGGCCCGCGAGCGGGUCACCGCCUGCACCCCGUCCGACGGUCCCGGCGGGGGCGCGGCCUGAGCGGGCCGGGGCGGCCCUCGCGCCCCUCCGCAGGGACUUGGCGUCGCUGGGCGUUCUGGUGGGGCGGAGCGGCGCCUCUGUGUUGGAGCGGGGGUGGGGCCAGAGCCGCCUCGGGAGCCGGGAGGUGGCGCCCCUGCAGCGCGGUGGACCUCAGGUCCGGGGCGGAGUCGCGGCUGGACAGUGGGGCGGUGCUUCUGGGCUGAGCGCACUGCCCACAGCCUGGGGCUGGCGGGGGAGCUAGAGACGCCCGGUGGGCAGGACCUGGGGCUCUAGAACCAGCGGCCACUCAGGGCCUCCAUC